GGAAAAAACAAAAAACAAAAUAGCAAACCUGCAAAUCGCAUCUCUGUUCAUCAAAUCACUCCUCCUCCCACCAAACCCUCACAUACCUCCCAUUCCGAACGCACGACAAUUCUCCUCACCCAAACCCUUGAUGAGCUUUCAUCCUCGACCUUAAUUACUCGAAAAUGGUCAGCGGAGGGAGCAAUCCCCAACACGACGGCGUUUCCAGGGGCGGCGGCGGAGGAGCCAUCACGACGACUAGGUCGUGGGGCACCACGGUCUCCGGCCAGUCCGUGUCCACCAGCGGCAGCGUGGGGUCCCCGUCCAGCAGUGCCGCGAUGGCCACUCCGUCCGGGGAGGCGGCCGCGGCGAUGGCUGCCGCCGCCGCCGCCGCCACCCCGGACAGCGAGAAGACCGCUUUAAGGUUGAACCAUCUCGACAUUCAAGGGGACGAGGCCGGAUCUCAAGCGGCUGCCGCGGGCAGGAAGAAAAAAAGAGGUCAACGAGCAGUUGGAGCGGAUAAAAGUGGCAGAGGGCUCCGACAGUUUAGCAUGAAAGUUUGUGAGAAAGUUGAAAGCAAGGGAAGAACGACUUACAAUGAGGUUGCAGAUGAACUUGUAGCUGAAUUUGCAGAACCUAGCAAUAGCCUGACAUCUCCAGACAAGCAACAGUAUGAUGAGAAAAACAUACGGCGAAGGGUAUAUGAUGCGUUGAAUGUCCUCAUGGCAAUGGACAUAAUAUCCAAGGAUAAAAAGGAAAUACAGUGGAGGGGUCUACCUCAAACUAGCUUGAGUGAUAUCGAAGAGCUUAAGGCGGAGCGUCUUGGACUAGGAAAUAGGAUUGGGAAAAAAGCAGCUUAUUUGCAAGAACUGGAGGAGCAAUUCGUAGGCCUUCAAAACCUUAUACAUCGGAACGAGCAACUAUACAGUUCCGGAAAUUCUCCAAGCGGUGGUGUAGCUUUGCCUUUUAUACUGGUGCAGACUCGACCCCAUGCAACUGUUGAGGUGGAAAUAUCAGAAGAUAUGCAGCUGGUGCAUUUUGACUUCAAUAGCACCCCUUUUGAGCUGCAUGAUGACAAUUAUGUUCUCAAGGCAAUGAAAUUUUGCGAAAGACCGCAGGGCGAUGUGGCUGCACCAAAUUCAUCUGCCGAUGGAGGUGAAGGGUCCAGUAUGUCCAACAUGUUCCAACCUCACAUAUCUCACCCGUCCCGAUCAAACAAUCCGGAUAGGCCUCUCAACUCACCUCCUCUUCCCGGAAUACUAAAGGCACGCGUUAAGCAUGAACACUAGUGUGUAAGUUUCGAGGUUUCUUUUCUAACUAGGAGCAAUAAUCUCAUUAGUAGUUGUAUAUUGUGUAUAAUAUAUUUCCGGAAGGGGAGGGGGGGGGGGGGGGUGGGGUGCUCCUUUUGAUGGUUAAUUAUCUUAGGUUUUGUUGCAAUUGAUGGAAUAGAAAGUAAUGUGCAGAUCUUUCUGCUUUGAAACUUCAAAGAUGGUCCCAUUCCGGUUCCGUCAAUUCUGUUAACAUUUUCGUGAUAGGUUUAUGUAAUCGGUUUAUUUUUUCGCCUGUCUUUAUCCCAUGAUGUAGGGGCAAUGGAAUCAUAUUUGUAUUGGACAAACACAGAACUGUCAAAUUGCAUAAGAAGAGAAAAUUUAUCCACCAAUUGGGCUGGCAGGCCUGUAUUUGAACUGCUUGA